AUGGCGCUACCCAAGCCCACAGUGUCGCACUUGGCCACUGCAGCAUCCGCAAAAGAAACUCGCGACGAGAGCGACGUGAUUCGGGAUCCAAGUUCACUCGAUCGGCUCACUGAGCUCAACUCCAUCGACUCACCUCUUUUACGCCUACCAGCCGAGAUUAGAACAAUGAUCUUCACUUACGUCUUCAGCGGCGGGGAGUACCUUUUCCGCGGAGAUAUGGGUCUUGAAGAUGCGAUACUUGUCUCUUGUGGACAAUCAUUUACGGAGGUGAACAUGAGUCUUCUCUUGGUAUCACGUCAAGCCCACGCCGAGACCGCCUUGCUCCCGUAUAAGCUCAGCACGCUCUGUUUCCCUUUCCAAUUAAGCUACUCAGGUGGCCCAUGGCAGCGCAGCAUCAAACUCUUCCUUGAGGAGAGAUCGGUCGAACAAGUCAAAGCGAUCGCCCGGAUAGAGACUUCUUUAACGAAUUGGGGAGACGCUCAGUACAGGACGGUGAGGACUGGAGUGUACUGGGCUGAGCAAGCGGGUGUCAGCUUUGCCAGAAAGCUACUGGAAGGAUAUGAUGGGUCAGUGCAGGCGACAUGA